CAUGUGGCCCUUAAAAACACUUGGAAUAACUUUGGGGAUUUUUGGGAUUCCGUGCAUGUCAUCGUAAAACUAACCACUGACUUCCAACAUGAGCGACAUUCAAAUCCAUAAAGAGAUUUGUUAUUGCAGAAAUGCAACUUUAAACCCGUGCUUGUUUUGUGCGUUCCUGGGGAUUUGUGGGGUUUAAUCUUUUAGGAGCUGGUACAGGAUGCGUGUGAGGUUUGGCUCCUCGAACUGCAGGUGUAGAGCAGGUGGAUGUAUCAGGUGCAUUUGGCAGCUGUUAUCUGAGAUCUCAUCUCUGCGCAGGCUUUAGGACCCGCGGGACGAGCUGGAUGAAAGGUUAAAGUCUGCGCACCUCCACCACAGAAGUGAAGGGUUUGUCCUGAACUUGCCUUGGCUCGUCACCCUGGCGCUCCAUGGAUGCAGCUCCACUCCUCACAGAGCCGGUGAAUAUGGGCGACUUUUUUCUUUUUCUUCACUUUGGUGAAAUGCAAUCCACUUCAAAGUUGAAGCAAUGCUCGGCAGCUCUGCGGGGCUGAGUUCUGUGCGCUCCCCAGCAUGAGGCUGUGCAGAGCUACUGCCCGGAGGAGGAUGCUCUGCCUCUGGCUGCUGCUCCUCGGUUUCGCCCUGGUCACCCUGACGCUGUCGGACCUGUUGAACCGCGACAAAAGCCCCAGCCAUCCGAAUCCCGGACCUCCUCGUCGCCCCCUGCAGCGGUCCCCGAGUCCACCGGACCUGGAAGUCAUCGUGGACUCCCGGGACCCUGCCCUGGAGCUCGGCGUCGACCUCUCCCCGCUAAAAUCUUUCCAAGAAGACCAGCUUUUAUUCGUGCCAAUGCCAUCCACGCAAGGCACCGGGAGCGCGCCGCAGAAGAAGGGCAGCUACAAGGUGCUGCUGCCCGGAGCGUAUAAGGACAACAUCGCUCCUGCGCCUCCGACGCACGGUGAACUGGGCCAAGCGGUGCGGCUGCACCUGGAGGGUAUGGAUAGGGAGACGGAGGUGGACGCCGUGAUGAAGUACGGAUUCAACGAGGUGGCCAGCGAGAGGAUUUCACUGCAUCGCGGGCUGCCCGAGUCGCGCCAUCCUGGGUGUCUGGGGGAACAGUACAGUGAGUCUCUGCCGUCCGCGAGUGUUGUUAUAUGUUUCCACGACGAAGCCUGGUCCACGCUCCUGCGCACCGUGCACAGCGUCCUCAACACUGCGCCCAAACAGCACCUGCACGAGGUUCUGCUGGUGGACGACCUGAGCCAGCAAGGUCACCUGAAGACUGUGCUGAGUGAGUACCUGUCACAUCUGGAUGGGGUACGUUUGAUUCGCAGCACCAGGCGCCUGGGCGUCGGUGGGUGCCGCACCCUGGGUGCUGCCAGGGCCGCAGCAGAGGUCCUGGUGUUCAUGGACUCCCACUGUGAGUGCCAGAAAGGCUGGCUGGAGCCACUCCUGGAGAGAGUGGCCCAGGACAGGUCCAGAGUGGUGUCCCCCAUCAUGGAUGUGAUAGACUGGCAGACCCUUCAGUACAACGCCACCCGGUGGCCGGUUAGGGGGGUGUUUGACUGGAAACUUGACUUCUUCUGGCAAUCAAACCUUCCGCUGCAAGACAAGGACCCAGACUCCGCUGUGCAACCUUUACGGACUCCAGCGUUGGGAGGAGGCGUUGUGGCUAUCGACAGACAUUUCUUCCAAAAGAUAGGAGCCUACGACCCGGGGAUGCUGCUGUGGGGAGCGGAGCAAAUUGAGCUGUCAAUCAGGGUGUGGUCAUGCGGUGGCUCCAUGGAGGUGGUCCCCUGCUCACGUGUGGCCCACCUCAUGCACCACCACCUGCCGUACCGCUUCCCAGACCAGGAGCUGCUCCAGAGGAACAAGAUCCGCAUCGCAGACACAUGGAUGGACACGUACAGGAAGAUUUUCUACAGGAGGGACACGCUGGCUCAUUUCAUCAGGCAGUCUGAGAGCCCCAACAUCACCGAGCGUCUGCGGCUGAAGAGGACUCUCGGCUGCAGGAACUUCCACUGGUACCUGACGACAGUUUAUCCACAGCUGUACGUCCCACAGGACAGGCCUGCACUGUCAGGCGAGCUGUAUAACGUCGGCACUGGCAGCUGUGCAGACUACCCUCGAGGGCAGGGGGCACAAGGUGGGCCCAUGAAAACGGCACCGUGCAGUGGGACGGGCAGCCAGCACUGUGACCUAAACUCUGAGGGUGAAGUGCGGUGGGGUCCGAUGGGGGCUCUGUGCCUGGACUCAGACGGGGAGAGGGUGGUUCUCUCUCCCUGCCCCACCCACAGGCCGACCACCAGCAGACUCCAGUGGAAGUUCAUGAAGCUCAACGGCCAACUCAUCCACCAGCAGUCUCAGUUGUGCCUGGAGGCUGUAAAACAAGUAGAACCCCCGCAGAGCAGGCCCAGGGAGGUCAACACCCACAUCAUCACAGGGGGUCUCCUCCUGCGCCCCUGCACCCAUCACCCCAAACAACAGUGGCACUUUGAGCAACUGGUGGCACCUAAAGGUGAAUGAUACAGAAAAACCUCAGAAUGACUGGUGGAUUGGCAAGAUGUGAAUCCUGGGCAGAUAUUAUCAAAUAUUUACUCUGCACAGCAGCAUAAAGUGGCUUCUGCCCUCAAUGAGAUGGUGUCGAAGAAGAUACAAAAUAUAGUUAUUGCCACUAAACGUCUAUGUUCCUGUUUUAAGGAUUGCAAAUAGCAUUUAUUUUGUUAAAUAAUAAAAAACAAAUGAUCUAUUAGUGAUAUUCAUCUUCAUAUCUAUUAUUGUAUUGUGUAUUUAAUAAUGUACAAUAUUAAAAACAUGUAGAUAAAAUGAUCAGAAAUCAUGUUUU